GCUGUGAUUUCUGCCUCCAGAUUGAGUACAAGAACACGGUGUUGGGACCGCUGUGUGGGUCGGAGAGGCCAACGACGGUUGACACGCGCAGUAAUGCUGUGGAUAUCUUGUUCCACACGGACAUAUCUGGCAUUGAGCAGGGCUGGAAAAUCCACUACACCACCGACAGAAUCCCCUGCCCUGCUCUCCAAACACUUGAACACGGAACAAUUUCUCCCAUCUUACCCCAGUAUCGAUUCCUUGAUCGAGUCAGAUAUAGCUGUGACGUUGGGUAUAAAAUCAUGAAGCGUGGACGGGAAUUAACAUCCUUCAAUAUGAUUUGUAUGAAAGACGGGACUUGGAAUAAAGACAUCAUCGCCAUUUGUCAGAUGAGCGAUUGUGGAACACCAAAGGUUUUGGAGAAUGGGAAGUUCGAAGUCUUGGACGUAAAAGCAGUGAAGGACGGAUAUUUGACUCGAAUCCAGUACUCAUGUGAUCAGAGAUAUCGUAUGAAGACUGAAGGAGAUGGGACGUACAUUUGCUCUGCUGAUCGUGUCUGGAAUAAUCCCACCGUCUCCAAAACCAUCCCAUAUUGUGCCCCGGUGUGUGGUGUCCCUGACGUGCCGGUCACCUCGUUGUCGGUGGGCCGCGUGCUGGGGGGUUCGGAGGCCCCGGACGGCAGCUUCCCGUGGCAGGUGUUUGUGCGGCCCCCGCAGGGUCGUGGGGCGGGGGUGCUGGUGUCUGACCGCUGGGUGCUGACGGCAGCCCACGUCCUGUGGAACAAAGGCGCGAAGAAACCCACGGACGGGGAGUUGGAGAGCCACGGCAUCUACGUGGGUGACAAUGACCUAGAUGACCUAGUAUUGUCGCCCGGCCUGCCCGUGGAGAGGGUCUACCUGCACCCCAACUACAGCGGCAGUGACCCCAAUUACUCGAAUGACAUCGCCCUCAUCAAACUGGCCAACCCCCUGCGCCUGACGGCCGACAUUGGCCCCGUGUGUCUCCCCCCUGCCAGGGGUCCUGGGCACGAGUGGCUCUACCAGGAGGGGCGUCUGGGCUACUUGGCGGGGUGGGGGAUGACGGAAGACCAGAGACUGACCAACAAGCUCCACUACGCCUCCCUGCCCGUCGCCAACACCGAGAAAUGCCGCGGGGCGCUGGCUGCGGCCCAGCCUCGGGCCAAGAAGCCCCUGAAACUGACCGCGGGGUCAUUCUGUGCCGGGACGGGGCUGGGAGGGGGAGCGGACGCCUGCCAGGGGGACAGCGGGGGGGCUCUCUCCGUGGAGGGGGGUAGGGGGGGGAGAGAGCAGGUGGAGGAGGGGGUUUGGUACGUGGCAGGGCUGGUGUCCUGGGGGCUAGACUGCGGGAAGGUGGGGCGUUACGGGGUGUACACCAAUGUCGGGGCGUACAUAUCCUGGAUGCAGGAGGUGAUGGAGGGGCAUGUGGGGACAUAGAGCGAGCGGGGAGGGAGGGAGAAUCCAGGAGAAGUUGAGGGGGAAUUGUGAGGGAAUCUGAGGCAAAUUGACGGAAAUUAAAAGGGGAAAAUCCAGACAAGUGAAGGGAGUUAUUGUCAUGUGUCCCAGAUAGGACAGUGACAUUCUUGCUUGCUGCAGUACAACAGAAUAUGUAAACAUAAUACGGAACAGGAGAUAAAACUUCAGUGUGUCUAUAGACCAUAUAUGUACACAAUAAAUAAACAGAUAAAGUACAAUAGACUAUUA